AAUUGUAAACUAAUUAAUAAUAAAAGUAAAUGUAAAGCUAAAAUUUAUGCAUUCAAAUAAAUAAGCUAACUCUAAAACUGGAGGUUUAUUAACGUCUCAGUCGUUCAUAUAGAAGUUUUAGUUAAACAGAUUUAUUUUAAUAUUUAUAUUAAUAGAUUAUACGAUAUUAUUGUGGACAUGGGUUCGGGCGACGGAGGGGUGACCAGAGAGUUGGCCGCAUGUGUGCCGCACCGGCGUCUCAUCGCCGUCGACGUGAACCCCGCGAUGACAGAGUACGCGCGCGACCACAACACUCUGCCCACCAUUGAGUACGUCACUCAAGACAUGUCUGUCGAGUGGUCGGAGUUGAGUCCAGAGAUCCGGCGCCUGGAGGGCUCAGUGAGGCUCAUAUUAUCUAACUUU